UAGUUUUGUAGAGGAUGCUGAUUCAAAUAUCCUUCCAAAAGCCUUCUAAAUGAAGCAGUGGCACUGCAAGCUACCAAAACUCUGAUAAUUAUAAUUUGCAAGACUGGCAACUUUAAUGUUUUUUUGUAUCUCUGCAGUUUACGAUCAGAAAUGGACACUUCUGCCUUCAAUGUGACCAGUUCCAGUAAAGCCUUUUAGAUAACAUGCAAUAGGCCCACGCUUUGUCCUUUCUUAUGUUGCGCUUCCCAGUUCUUUCAAGGGCUCACCCUAGUCACGUGGGUGGUACCCUGGAGCGGUGCAGGAUGGUCGCGGAAAGAAAAUGGCGGAUUUUGAGGAGCUGAGGAUGCUAUACGAUCACAUUUGUUAAGGAAAUGUAAAGAAAAAGGAUUAACAAGUAAGAACAAUCAAGCAUGGACCAUAUAAUGAAGGAAUAUGGUUUCAAGUUUUCGGGUCUCAGAGCUACAGGUUUUAUUGGGCUUUGCAGGACGUAACAAGAGCGGUCGCAAGCAUGAACUCCUUCUGAGAGCCUUGCACUUGCUAAAGAGUGGGUGCAGUCCAGCUGUUCAGAUCAAAAUUAAGGAACUGUAUAGACGACGUUACCCCAGAACAAUCGAAAGUCUCCCCGACUUGUCUGCCCUCAAGCCCUCCGGCUUCUCCCUGAAUAGUAACUCUUCCCUCGUGGACCCGGACUUGGCCGGAGCCGGUGUGCAUUCUCGCGCGCCUGGCUCGAUCCCGCCGCACUCCGCAGCGCAGAGUCCUGUCCUGCUGCACGAGACGAAGCCCGGGAUCGACAUGCAGCAGCCGGCACCUCCCAUCCCGCCUGUCCAUCCUGACGUCCAGCUGAAAAGUUUGCCGUUUUACGAUGUGCUGGAUGUCCUGAUCAAACCCUCAAGCUUGGGUGCCAGCAGUAUUCAACGCUUUCAGGAGAAGUACUUCAUCUUUGCCCUGACACCACAACAAGUACGAGAAGUAUGCAUUUCCAGGGAUUUUCUCCCUGGUGGAAGAAGAGAUUAUAUGGUCCAAAUCCAGCUGAGGUUUUGCCUUGCAGAGACCAGUUGCCCUCAGGAAGACAACUAUCCAAACAGUUUGUGCAUAAAAGUGAAUGGCAAACCCUUCCCAUUACCGGGCUAUCCUCCCCCUCCUAAAAAUGGAGUGGAACAGAAAAGGCAAGGCCGGCCAUUAAAUAUUACUUCCUCGGUCAGAUUAUCAUCCGCUGUGCCUAAUCAGAUUUCUGUCACAUGGGCACCUGAAAUUGGAAAGACAUAUUCUAUGUCUGUGUACCUUGUGAGGCAGCUCACAUCUUCACUGCUUCUGCAGAGGCUAAAAAUGAAAGGCAUUAGAAACCCUGACCAUUCUAGAGCUCUAAUUAAAGAAAAGCUGACUGCAGACCCUGACAGUGAGAUUGCCACAACCAGUUUAAGAGUCUCGCUGAUGUGCCCACUUGGUAAAAUGCGUUUGACAGUCCCAUGCCGUGCAGUUACCUGCUCGCAUCUACAGUGCUUUGAUGCUGCUCUUUACCUUCAGAUGAAUGAGAAGAAACCAACAUGGAUUUGUCCUGUAUGUGACAAGAAAGCUGCUUACGAAAGUCUGAUCAUUGAUGGGCUGUUCAUGGAAAUCCUGAAUGACUGUACAGAUGUGGAUGAAAUUAAAUUCCAGGAAGAUGGCAGCUGGUGUCCAAUGAGACCAAAGAAAGAAACACUGAAAGUGUCGGCCCAGUGUAGCACAAAAAUAGAAAGUUCAAGUCUUGUCAACAGGCCUUGUGCAGUGAUGACAGCCAGUGACCCCAGCAGUUUGAAGAAGGCAGACAUAAUUGAUCUCACUAUAGAGAGCUCCUCUGAAGGUGAAGAAGAGGAAGAGGAGAUACCACCACUCAAGAAACGCUGUCUGUACAUGUCUAAGCCUGAGGAAGUGCAUGGAAAAGGGGUCUUAACUUACCAGCCUUCAACUGUGCGAGUGCCAAAUGUCCAAACCGUGGAAACAUCAUACAUAACUUCUCCACUAGCUGAUUAUGCAGUUCCAUUCCAUCACUCAACCUUAUCUACAAUUUCAGCAGACAUGCAAAGUCUAGGUUUAUUCUCAUUGAUACAAGGAGACCCUCAGUAUCGCACUCCGAUGUUCCUGGACAACCUCCCCAGCACCUUACAGCAACAAGCAACAAGCGGAGGCCUGAUUUCCACAAGCAGCCAUUAUGAGAGUAGCAGUCACAGCAGUGGCUCUGCCAGGAACGAAACUGGAGUCAUUACAGGAGGCGGGGGGACCAUUAUUCCAGAUAUCAUUUCCCUGGAUUAAAGAAUAUAGACUUCAAACCUUUUCUUCAUACACAGCAGAAGACAGCGGAAAUACAGCGUGUACUGAACUGAACCGUUUUUAAGCCAUUCAAAAUUUAAAUCCUUUGGUUCUUUUUUUAAAAAAAACUCUGUACAUUGCCUUUGACUCAAUGAAGUGGACUUUCAAAACCCAUUCAGAUGGAAAAAAGGACAGACUCUGUGAAUGGGAACUAUUGAUGUGUAAAUGUGUUUUGAAGGCUGAUGCUCCGAUUAAGUUGUAUAAAACAUUCAGAGGCAGCUCAACUUUAUAAUAGCUGACUUCAUGCGGUGCAUUUUUCUCCUAUGUUCUGAUUGUUACAUAUAGCAAUAAACUAAGCCUUCCAUAAUAAUGCUUCA